AUGGCACAACGCGAAGGCCACCAUUCAGAUCCUCUGGCGAGACAGCAUACGAAUGACAUCGAACUCGGCGUCACCGACGUGCUCCAACGCCACAUCACUCGCCAUGUCGUUCCGCCCAAGCCGGUGUCUGAGCGGAAGUUGAAUUUCGAGCACAAGCGGCCUCGUGUCCUCCGAGAAAUGAUGGCCGAGGCAACAGGGGUAUUCUUUUACGUCUUUGCCGGAAUCGGGUCGGUAGCCUCGUUCACUCUGGCGACGACAAAUCCCGUGGGCCAGGCUGUAGGCGUUCCCGUCUUUGGCUCUAUUUUUCAGAUUGGCUGGGGUUUCGCCUUCGGGAUCGCCUUUGCGAUUAUCACCUGUGCAAGUACUUCCGGUGGUCACUUUAAUCCUGCAAUCACUCUCUGCUUCGCCAUUUGGCAGGGAUUUCCGUGGAAGAAAGUGCCCCAUUACAUUUUCUCGCAGAUUUUCGGGGCCUUCAUGGCCGGACUGAUGCUGAUGGCGUGCUACUGGCCGCAGAUCCAAGCCGCGAAGGAAAUCGACCUGCGCGAGCACGGCACAGCCGUGUACAACGGCGGCGUGGCGAGUAUCUUGUGCUCUUUCCCGAAUCCGGACCAGACCAACCAGGGUUUCUUGUUCCUCCAGGAGUUCUUCGUUGACAGCUACAUCGGCAUCAUCAUCUGGGCGUGCCUCGACCCAGCCAACCCGUUCGUCAGCCCUAAUUCUGUACCUUGGACCAUUGGUCUUGCAUACGCUACCAUGGUCUGGGGCUUUGCUGGGAACACGAUCUCAACGAAUCUGGCCAGGGAUCUUGGUACGAGGAUUGUUGCGGCCAUCUUCUUUGGCCGUGAGGCAUUCACCUACUCAAACUCGUAUUCGUGGAUCUCCAUCCUGGUCAACGUGCCUGCAACCAUCUUCGCCACUGGAUACUACGAGUUUCUGAUGAGAGACAGCUUGCAAAAGAUUCACCAGGGCCACGCAGAGCACGCCGAGGGUGAGGAGGGUUUGCAGAGACAUAUCUCCAAGGUGACUGGUGUGGGAGCCAAACAGUUGAACUCGAACGACACCGAAUUUCGAAGUAAUCGUGGAGUCAUGAAUGCUGUGGGUGACGGGAUCAUUGAAAAGCAGUUUUGA